AUGACUGCCACCCUCACGGUUCUGCUCUGCCUCGGGCUGAGCGUAGGCCCAAAGACCGACGUGCAGGCAGGGACCAUCCCGAAACCCACCGUCUGGGCUGAGCCAGGCUCUGUGAUCCUCUGGGGGAGACCUGUAACCAUCUGGUGUCAGGGGACCCUGGGAGCCAAGAAGUUCCAUCUGGAUAAAGAGGAAAUUUCAGUAUUCUGGUACAUGCAGAGGCCACAGGAGCCCAGGGACAAGGCUAAGUUCUCCAUCACGCAGAUGACAGAGCACGCUGCAGGGAUAUAUCGCUGUUACUAUUUCAGCCCCAUUGGCUGGUCAGAGCAUAGUGACCCCCUGAAGCUGGUGCUGACAGUGCUGCCGAGUCCUGUCUGGACCUCAGGAGGGAAUGUGACCCUCCUCUGUGUCUCGGAGCAGGGGUUUGACAAGUUCAUUCUGACUAAAUAAGGAGACCACAAGCCCCUCCUGACUCUGGAUUCACAGCAACGGCCCCGUGGGUGGUACCAGGCCCUGUUCCUUGUAGACCCCGUAUUCCUCAGCCACAGGGGGACUUCUAGAUGCUAUGGCUGUUACAAGAACACCCCAAAGGUAUGGUCACUCCCCAGUGAUCCCAUGGAGCUCCUGGUCUCAG